AUGACCAAUAUUAAUCUUCCCAACGUUCUUCCAAUUGUUCCGAUUAGAAAUAGAGUUUUACUUCCUGGCCUACCCAUUCGUCUUCAAAUAGGCCGUAAAGACACGGUAUUGCUUAUGCAAAAAAUUUAUAAAGCUGCCGAUAACAAAGAAUCAAAAAACCUUAUCGGUUGUGUACCAGUUAAACCCACUACUUCGAAAUCAAAUCCCGACGAAAAUAUACCUUCUCCUGAUUCCCUUGGUUCUCUUGAAAGUGUUUCCCCGAAGAAAGCUAUCGAGCAAACAUUUGAUCAAUCGAAUCGUUCGUCAGAUUUACACAAUUAUGGUUGUGCAGCUCGAAUUAUUCGUCUGGAAAGAACUGUUAGAGGAGGUUUCACAGCUGUUGUCGAAGGGAUUGCACGAAUUCGUAUUGAUAGAUAUGUCUUCGAAAGACCUUAUCUCGAAGCUGAAAUAACAGUCUUUCCUGAACCAGCUAUUCCACAUGAUGAUCAAGAAUUGCAAGGAUUAGCUGUUUCUCUAAAGGCUACUGGACGUGAACUUUUAGCGAUGUUGCAAGAUUUGAAACUUCCCACUCCAGUUUUGACUCAACUUCAAAAAUUUAUUGAUGGUGCUUCUGCCGGAGCUCUAGCGGAUUUGUUAAUUAUUACAGUUGAAUCAUCUUAUGAAGAAAAAUUGAAAAUUUUGGAUGCUCAUGAUUUAAAGACGCGAAUUACGACUUCUAUAGAUCUUCUAACCAGGCAAAUACAUAUAUUAAAAAUAUCCCAAAAAAUUCAUUCAAAUGUUGAAGGGAAGCUUAAUAAAAAACAGAGGGAAUUUUAUUUAAAGCAACAGCUCAAUGCUAUAAAAGAAGAAUUGGGAGAACAAUAUGAUUCACCUACAGAUGAUGAUGAUGUGACAGACUUGACAAAGCGAUUACAAGAAGCUGGAUUGACGCCAGAAGCUGACCGAGCAGCUCAACGAGAAUUAAAACGUCUCAAACGUAUGCAUCCUACUCAAGCAGAAUAUCAAGUAGUUCGUACAUACCUUGAAACGCUUUCCGAAAUUCCUUGGAGUAAAUCCACUACUGAUAUUCUGGAUAUUGAUAAAGCACGUCAUCAACUUGAAACUGAUCAUUAUGGUCUUACAACAGUUAAGAAACGUGUAUUAGAGUAUUUGGCAGUGCUGAAGCUAAAAGAUGAUAUGAAAGGUCCAAUAUUAUGUCUAUUAGGUCCACCUGGAGUAGGAAAAACUUCACUCGGAAAAAGCAUUGCAAAUUCUCUUGGACGAAAAUUUCAUAGAAUUUCAUUGGGUGGUGUAAGAGAUGAAGCUGAGAUUAGAGGACAUCGUCGUACAUAUAUAGGAGCGAUGCCUGGAUUAAUUUCCCAAGGUCUUAGACGUGUUGGAGUAAAUAAUCCUGUAUUCUUACUUGAUGAAAUUGAUAAAGUUGGACAUUUAAGUAACCACGGAGAUCCAUCUGCAGCUUUGCUUGAAGUUCUUGAUCCGGAACAAAAUAAUACUUUUAAUGAUCAUUAUAUAAACGUUCCUCUUGAUUUAUCUAAAGUAUUAUUUAUUGCAACUGCAAAUCAAAUUGACACUAUACCUCCGCCUUUGCUUGAUCGUAUGGAGCUUAUCACGAUUCCUGGGUACACAUUUGAUGAAAAAAUUCAUAUUGCUCAACGUCAUUUGUUGCCGAAACAAAUAGCAGCUCAUGGCCUGUCACCUAAUGAUCUUAAAAUAUCUAAUCAUGUGCUUCUCAAGAUUACUACUGGUUAUACUCGUGAAGCUGGCGUCAGAAACUUUGAGAGAGAGAUUGCUAGUGUGUGUAGGGCGAAGGCUGUAGAAUAUGCAGAUGCAAAAGAUAAGGGAAGAAUACAUAUAUAUCAUUCUGAAGUUACCGCAGACGAUGUUGAAUCGAUUCUAGGGGUCGAAAAGUUUGAUAACGAGGUAGCUGAGUGUGCUUCAAAACCAGGAGUGGUAACUGGAUUGGCAUGGACAGCAUCUGGUUCUGGUGAUAUAUUAUUUAUUGAGGCAACUCAAAUGCCUGGGAAAGGCAUUCUUCAGUUGACUGGAAAACUUGGCAAUGUCAUAAAAGAGUCUGCUCAAAUUGCACUUUCAUGGGUGCGAGCGCAUUCUUUUCAGUUAGGCAUUACCAACUCUUCUACCGAAUCAACUUUCUUCUUUCAGAAAGAUGUUCAUGUGCAUUUUCCUGCUGGAGCGGUUGGCAAAGAUGGACCAUCUGCUGGAAUUGCUUUAACUACAGCACUUGUGUCUCUGUUUACUCAUAAAAUAGUCCCUCCCACUACAGCAAUGACUGGAGAAAUGACAUUGCGUGGUAUAGUUCUUCCUGUUGGAGGGAUUAAAGAAAAGGUUAUUGCAGCUCAUCGUGCACGUAUUCGAAAAGUUAUUUUGCCUUCACGAAAUCGUAAAGAUGUUGAAGGGGAUGUACCUGCCAACGUAAAAGAAGAAAUUAUAUUUAUUUAUGCCAAUAAUAUUUAUGAUGUUCUUCAAGCUGCAUUUGAGGGUGAAAAAAUUUGGGUAGAAACUCCUCCUAUUGUAGAAGUUGAGAGUCACCUUUAA